AUGGCAUCCUUACGCAUAAAUCCCAGUGUCCCUCUGGGAACAUUCGAUAAAAUUGGAACGACACAGACAAGAUUAACAGUUUCUAUGCACAAGAAUGAUAUGAUGCAAAGGAAGCCUCUUGGUGUUUGUGCUUCUCUUUCUCUAUCAAAUCCGCUACCCUCAGAUAGAGUCUUGAAAAAUGAUCCAAAAAAGGAAGCAACGAUAUUAUCAAGAAAUCUCGAUGAGUGGAUGAAGGUGUCAAUGGUGGACAUUGUAAAGAAUUUGAAGCAAGCACCACUUUUCGUUCACAUCUACGCGAACGAGAAUGACAAAGGCCAAGAAAGACAACCCCAGAUCAAAACAGAAAGAGCCCUGGUGGAGAAAUGGCCAAUAAUGAAAAGUGAAUGGGAAAGUGGAAAAUCUAGAACCCCAGAUGGACUAAUAUUUGUUGAUGAACUUGGUGAUGAGGAACUUGAAGAAUUGAAUGAAAAUUCAGUAGAAGAUUCAGAGGAAGGAUUGACUAAAUCUUGGGGAGUAGUUGUACAGGGGAAAGGAGUUGAGUUUGGACCAGCUUGUUAUUUGUUGAAGACUAGUAGAGUUAGAGCUGGCAGAGGAAUGGGUUUAUUUUGUACCCAUUUUUGUUUAGUAAGAGUUACUAAUUUUAGGGAGAGUGCUUUGAAACAGUUUAAAGGUUGUUGGUUAUGA